AUAACAAUGAUAAUAAUUAACGUAUUUUAUAUAAUUCUAGCUAAUUAACGAGUUUUAUAUAAUUAUAGCAUAAUAUUAUAUCAAAUUUAAAUGAAAAAAUUAUUAAAAAAAAAAUAAAAAAGAAGUGGUUGACUGCUUGACACUUGUCGUAUAGUGCGAGACAAUAAUAUUAAAAAUAUUGGGUUAGAAUUAGAGGUGCCGUUGAAAAAGUUAAUUUUUUGGUUGAACUUUGAUAUUUUUUUCAUAAAAAAACUACAUAACUGACAUGAAUAACGUUGAAGAGGAAUUUCAAAAGUUACAAAUCCUAGAAAAAAGUAAUCAAAGUUUCAAUUAUCAAUAUGUUACUGUAUUUAAGAAUCCAAGUAAAUUACCCAUAAAUCAAAUACAUUUGGAAAGAAUUUGGUAUGAAUUGAAACAUGAUAUUCCUAAAGAUUUAGACUAUUUAGAAUUACCCGAAGAUGUACUCCAAAAAAAAAUUUACAACAAAAAAUCUGAAAUUAUUCCAGCUUUGGAUAAACGAUGGCUGCCAAAAAUAAUUUUGUAUAAAUUUCAACCGUAUAUCUUCACUUUUCCAAAAGAAGAAGAUAUAUCUUUUUUAGCAAACAAUUUAUUGUAUAUAGAUAGCUUAGAUUAUUUGCUGAAAUGUAAUUUCCACCAAUUCUGGUGUACUAUUUUAUUCGAACCAUCGGCUGCUGUUUCAUUAAGAAGCUUUAUCCUAAAUCCCAUACUCCCCUAUCAAGUGGCGUAUUUAGAAGACGAAUAUGCCAAAGUUUAUAGUACAGUAUUUGAAAAGUUUCUACAGGUUUAUAAAAGACUGAUACAAUUUAGAGCAUCAGAAGAUGAAUAUUUAUCUGAAGAAUAUGCUUAUGAAAAACUAUUAGAAAAGAAAUUAAUUAAUUUACCUAUUGUUAACACAUUAUCGUUAAUUUAUAAAGAUUUCAAUGUCGAAUUUGUUAAUUCAAUAACUUUGUUAUAUUUUAACGAUACAACACAUUUGGAUUUUCAAUUUAAGGAAGUUGAAGGGAGCAUUGAUCAAACUUUACUGAUAUUAGAAAUGAUAGGUGGACACGUUUGCGGAUUUAGGGAAAAUGCUGUUGUAGUUCCGAUUGCAGUUACCCCUCGACCCUCAAUAUUCAAUUUAACUUGGGUUUAUUCAGUAGUUAGUUACCUGUUGAAUACGAUGUCGUUAUUACACACCCUUUUAGAAUACUAUAAACCUGCUAUGGAAUUGUGCAUAAAAAAAGAUUUGCCUUUUAGGUUGCCUUUUACUUAUACGAGCAUCUACAGAGAACUUUACGAGUUGAUGAGUAAUAGAGAAGAAUUAGAAAUGCAAACGAUGCUUUGCGAAAGAGUAUUCGAUGAGAUUAACUUGGGUCGAUCUGAAUUUAUCGAUGUUUAUCACAUGUUUGUUUCUUACUGUUUAGACAAAACUUUGGAAUGCUUGGGCGAUGAUAAAAAACAAGAAGAAUUGGUUGAACUAUAUUUGAAAUUAAUGAACGUAGCUUUAGAAGAUGAUUAUUUUAUCUGUGAUUAUAACGUAAAAUAUAAUGUUGCUAGCCAAAAUGAAAUGUUUGAAAGUUGUACUGCACUAGACACAACUCGAACUGAAUUCAUAGUAUCCUGUAUAAACAAACUUCCUAGACAUAAAAAAUUAAUACAACUAUUAAAAUUGAAGAACGAAACAAUCGAAGAUGUAUUCAAACGAUUUAAACCACCGGAAAUAGAACCAGAAGUGGAACCAGUAGCAGGUCCUUCCGAAACCAAUCAAAAACGAAAUAACGAAGUUGAAUUGGAUGUUAAAAUAAAGGAAAUCAUGGAUAUGUUUCCUCAUUUUGGUGACGGAUUUAUUCUGAAAUGUUUGGAAGCGUACGAUUUUAAUUCCUCCGAUGUGAUAAAUGCUAUUUUGGAAGAAAAUCUACCGCCUCACUUGUACGAAAUUCCUUUCGACGAGAUUAGAAUACCCCCGGAACCGGAACCUGAAAAGCCCGUUUUGGCUUAUCGGGGUAAGAAACCCGAUUAUGAUGACGCGUUGGCUUUACUUAAUGAUAAGGGGGAGAUCAAGCAGUUGAAACCGAUAUUUUUGGAAAAAAUUCAAUAUUCUAAUGAUUAUCUCUACGAUGACGAAUAUGAUGAUAGAGACGACGAUGAUGUACCUAUUAAAGUCGCUGAUAAUCAAUUAGAAAAAGAACUACUCACUUACAAUCCUAAUCACGAUGAUGUCGCUAGUGAUUCCAGUGAAUCUGAAGAAGAAUUAUCCGAAAGUAGUACUCAGAAAACGAACGUUAGAUCUGAUACCCAAAGCGGAUCAGGUGACAAGAGGAACAGGAUGAACUUCUGUGAAGAUCCUGCUGUAAUACGAGAAAGAAGAGAAGCGAAAUUCAGAUCACACCAUCGACCGCCACAACAAACGAAAUCAAACGUUGUCGGUAAACCGAAAGGACAAGGACAAGAGAAGGACGUUUUGAAAGCGAGAGAUAAGAAGAACGUCAACAAAUCCUCGAGGGCUAAUCACAAUAGGAAAAGCGGGGCGCAGUGGAAGAGAAGCAGGGGAAUGUUUCCCAUGUAAUAAUCGUACGGAGAAUAAAUAUGGAAGUUUGGAACAACAGGAACGGAAUAUUUGUAAAUAAUAAAAAGGGAAGGAAUAAAACUUAUUGUUUAGUAUAAAAUUAUUUAAUAAAUACACAAUAAAGUUACGUUUUUCCAAAAAAAAAA